UUGUAUGAACUCACCCAUCAAUGUUUUGUGUAAAAAGCACCAAGGAAAAAUGUAUUGGUAUGAGAGUGUAUCGCACAUCACUAGUGGGAGUAAAAAAUAAAAACUACCAUUUUCACGUGUAAUUAAAGUCUUUUAACUAACCCCUAAAUACACAAACGUUACAUGGUGUCAGGGGCAAAAUUAUUAAACAACGACUGAAAAAUAUUAUGGAAAGUGGAUUACCAAGACGAUAGCCAAUUUUUGUGGAUUAACGACAAUCGAAUUAUAUGCGGCAUCGAACAAAGGCUUCCUGUUGGGAAAUUGAACGCCAUUUUGUAAAUCGUCGGAUUUUGAGGACAUCACGCGGUGGAGAGUCGAUAUAAUCACCAGUUUAGCAUCAUAAAAAUAUUUGUCGUAAAUAUUUUGGAUUAUUGUUUGAAAAUUCGUACAUUUAACUCAAACUCAUGUCGAACGAGCGACUGCCAACGGAAUUGAACUGCGCAGAUUUGGCGAAGGGGUGGCCAAUGUGGAAACGUACAUUUUUAAUGUACAUGAUGGCAACGGGGAAAAAUGUUAAAACGGAACCAGAAAAAAUAGCAACGUUUUUGUGGUUAAUCGGCUCCCAAGCUAUGGAGAUAUACAACACAUUGUUCCCGAACGAUGGGACAACUGAUGGGAUUCUGGGAAAUCAAAAUGCUGAGGCUGUGUCACCAAAUUCCAAUAAUAAUCCGCGAUCCCUGGAUGAUGUUUUGAAAGCAUUUGAUGGAUAUUGUAUACCAAAGAAGAACAUACUAAUGGAAUCGUUCAAAUUUCACAAUAUUGUACAAAAAGAAAAGCAGCCUUUUGUUGAGUUUGAAACAGAGCUUCGAAAACAGAUCGAGUUUUGUGAAUACAAAUUGGAUGGACAAUCAUACAAUGAUCGUAUGUUGAAGGUACGAAUUGUCAUUGGUGUGCAUGACAAGAAGUUACAAUUGAAGUUAUUGGAAGGAAAGGAUGAGUCAUUGCAGAAAGUCAUUGAAACGUGCAAGAUGUAUGAGGCUGCAAAUGCACAUAAGGCGUUGUUGAACACAACUAGUCAAACAAGUGUUAACAGUGUGGCUGAACAGGAGCCAAAGGAAACAGUCAACGCAGUAGCACGUCGUUGCUAUAACUGUGGUGGCGAUUUCGCAGCAAGGCAUUUGGAAACAUGCAAAGCUAGAGAUAUCAAUUGCCGAUCAUGUGGACGCAAAGGUCAUUUCCAACGUUGGUGCAAAUCAAAAGGAAAGCAAACGGGCAACAAAGGAACGAAACCGGACAGCAGCUAUAAUCAUGUAAAACAACAGCAACACUCCCUCAACUGGGAAGGCACAGAAUAAAUUCAAACUAUGUUGGAAAUGAGAGGAAGCGAUGGUACAAGGAAUACCGAAUAGCGAAUAAAUUGGUUAGGUUUAAGCUUG